AAUUAAGGUAGUGUUUUCUGUAAAUUAUUAUCACAUAGCUAUGUGAUAAUAAUUUGCAUGACUAUUGCAAGAGUCAAAACGACUAACUGAGGCAGUGGAAUGGAUGUGACCUAGGAACUGGAGGGAAUAGAGGAGGCAGCAGAGGCAGUGGCAAAGGUGACAAGGUUGACAGGUGGCAAAGGAGGCAUCAAGGCAGAUGACUUAUGUGGCAUUUGGAGUGCCUGGAUCGGCUGAAGGCGGCAGAAGUGGCAUGGCAGGGUUUGCAGAAUGUUUGAGGUUUUGCAGGCAAAACAGGAGGCGCCAGAGCUGAUGGAGGAGGUGGAGCAACAGAGGUAGCAUAGGCAGCAGAGUAGAUGGAAUCAACUAUGGCAGCAGAGGCACUGGAGGGGAUGGGGAGGUGGUGUCACCAAUUUCAUCCAGAUUUUAAUUAAGUUUUUAGCAAUACUGAAGAUUUUCUGGGUUUUGUUUGUUUUGUCUUUUCAGAAAGCAGAGGUGUUGGCGAAGGCAAUUGUGACGAUGGAGGAGAUAGACCAAGUGAAGGUUACAGAGGUAUGAUGGAGGCAAACGAGGUGGCAAAAGCAGUCGGGGAAGGGGAGACGAGGAAACAGAGAUGAAUGAGGCAACAGCGGGAACAGAGCUAAUGAAAGCACCAGAAGAGAUGUAGGAGGCAGAAGGAAAGGAGGCUGUGCCAGUGAUUUCUUCGGAAGCAACAAUGAUGACGGAAGGGGCGAUGGGAGCAGCAUGGGCAAAGCUGACAAGAGAGGCAGCAAAGGCAGUAGAGGCAACAGAGGUGUGACGGAGGUGAUAGGGCAGUGGAGGCAAAAGAGAGAUGAUGAAGGUGAUAGGGCAGUGGAGGCAGAGGCACACCCGGGCAAUGGAGCACAAGCAAUGAGAGGGGCAACGGAGGUGAUGAAGGAGGCAGGGUAAGCAAAGGAGGCAACAGAGCGGACCAGUUCUCAAAGGCAAUGGAGGUUACAGGGUGCGGAGGCAGAGCUAACAUGGGCUAUGGAAGCAGGAGUUGACCGAGGGAUUGAAGUGAGCUCCAAAAAGGAUAGCAGAGGUGUUGGCGAAGGCAAUUGUGACGAUGGAGGAGAUAGACCAAGUGAAGGUAACAGAGGUAUGAUGGAGGCAAACAAGGCGGCAAAAGCAGUCGGGGAAGGGGAGACGAGGAAACAGAGAUGAAUGAGGCAACAACAGGAACAGAGCUAAUGAAAGCACCAGAAGAGAUGGAGGAGGCAGAAGGAAAGGAGGCUGUGCCAGGGAUUUCUUCGGAAGCAACAAAGAUGACAGAAGGGGCGAUGGGAGCAGCAUGGGCAAAGCUGACAAGAGAGGCAGCAAAGGCAGUAGAGGCAACAGAGGUGUGACGGAGGUGAUAGGGCAGUGGAGGCGAAAGAGAGAUGACGAAGGUGAUAGGGCAGUGGAGGCAGAGGCACACCCGGGCAAUGGAGCACAAGCAAUGAGAGGGGCAACGGAGGUGAUGAAGGAAGCAGGGUAAGCAAAGGAGGCAACAGAGCGGACCAGUUCUCAAAGGCAAUGGAGGUUACAGGGUGCGGAGGCAGAGCUAACAUGGGCUAUGGAAGCAGGAGUUGACCGAGGGAUUGAAGUGAGCUCCAAAAAGGCUAUAGGCCUAAACCGUGUUCCCGUUUCAACAAUGAGCCGACGUCACCGGGUAUCUUGGAGCCUUAUAACACGGUCUAUACCGUUCAUUCCACGGUGCAACCAUCGCUUCAUGAUCAGGUUGAUCACGGCCUACAUCGCUUUCUUCGUAACAUUGAUGUACUUAAUUGCUUCCAGUGUUGUCGUUAAAUCUACGGCAACACAUCAUCAACUUUAUGCGGGGAAAAGUGUAUUCGUUAAAUCCACGGCAACACGUCACAUUCACACUGGGAACAGAAGCAUGACGACGCGAGGUCCCAAUUGCACUGGCUGGACCUGCAACCAAGCUGUCACACCGACACCACCGACCAAUCAUUCACUUCAACCCUGGGCUGCUGACAAUUACACAAAUCGUUUCUUCUGGGAAACCUUCCUUGAGUCCGGGGAAUUUGUCACCUUCAAAGGAGGAGAAGGACAGGAGCUUGAAUUCAGGAAAAAUCCAGGCUAUGUUCCAUCGAAAUGCCCGACCUCAAUUCAGCGGAGAAUGUCCAACAAUAGGAGAGGCCGUACAAUAUUCCACCCAGAGAUUCACUUGCUAAUGAACAGCAAACUUUUAAACGAGUCCGAGUUCAAAAGACUGGGCCCGUAUUACAUGCCAUUCGGUUACAAAUACAGGAAGGAUCAGUUGCGGUAUAAAGAUUACCUUGCUGCGCUCAAAAUCUUCCCACCAAAAACUUCCAUAUUCGCAUUUUCAAACGACCAUCCCCGGCCUGAAUGUCUGUCCUGUGCAGUCGUCGGUAAUGGCGGCAUACUCAAAGGAUCCCGGAAAGGUGCAGAGAUUGACAGCCAUCACAUGGUCUUCCGUGUUAACAAGGCUAUUAGACGAAACCAUGAAAGGGAUGUUGGGAAUCGCACAACACAUUACAUUUUCUAUGACCGAUCUCUACGCAAGACCAAUGCAACGGACGUCCCAAAUGAUAAGGGAUUAAUUUACGUAUUCGUGCCGUGCCGGGACAACGACUAUAAAUACAUCACUUCCGUCGUGCGAGGCAAGGAACCAAAGCUUAAAGCCGCCGCUCAAGAUGUUAGAAUCCUGCAUCCAGACUUCAUAAGAUACAUCAAUAAAAUAUGGGUGAACUCCCCCCAGAAGUCCUACCGUCCCACCACGGGUGGCAUUAUGCUCAUGGCUGCCUUUCACUUUGGCUGCGACCAAGUCAGCGUCUACGGAAUGGGUUAUAACGUCAAGUACUCCCUUUACUAUACCGACACCGUGUUUCGUCGCAUUAGUAUGAAAAUAGAGAAAGGACGCAACACCGCCCACGACAUACACAGCGAGUUGGCCAUAUUAAAGGGUCUGGACCGGGCGGGGAUCAUCAGUUGGUACAAGCGGGACGUGAAGGAGUUCUUUACCACGGGGAGCAACUCAUGAUGACAUUAACAGUAUACUCUUUGCGGUAGAUCGUCGUAAAGCAAAGGGUGUACUGCAAAAUACAGACUUUUGGGGUCGUUACUAUAGGUUGUCUAUACUUUAGCCCUUAUUUCUUUGAGCAUUCUUUUUGUAUACUGGGUUGAGCACGAGAUGCACGUACCCACCAUCCUUUGCAACGCCUGUGUUUCCUUCCCAAAUUUUCGUGAGAGGAAUAGAGCCUGAUAGAUAGUUCACCCCUGGUGGCCCGCUUGCGAGCCCUUAAAUAGGAUUCCGACCAAAUUAAAGUGCAUGAUGCCCGAUUGAACAGUGCAUGAUUCCACAGCAUCAACUGGUAUAUAAUUCCUUAAUUCGCACUACGCAAGUUGUGAUAUACAACCACAGAGAUAGACCUGCAGGGUUGCCAAAAACAAGUUUACACUUUUUCAGACGCAGAUUUCUCAAAAUUGGGGAGACAUAUUGAAAUUGUUUUAAGAUAUAGGCCUACCUAAUCUACAAGAUUUUGGUGUUAGGCCCCCUGUAUGGUGAAAAUGGCAUCGAAAAUAAAUUUUGUGAAGCCAUGUUCACAAAAAUGUCAGAUAGCAGUUUGUCCACAUGCAUGUAUUUGGGCAUCGUUAUGGCAGUUCUUUGUGCAUGCAGUGCUAUUGUUUUGACCAGGUGUCAUAGACUUGCAUAUGGACAAACUGGUUUUUGACAGUUUCUCUGCAAUGAUGUCUCCCCAAUCCCCACCUAACUCUCAUAGGAAAGUGCACAUGUAAACAAAGCGUGACGUCUAGGUAUCGGGUCUAUUCCACCUACAAUUACUGUGCAACUGCAAGAUGUUCCUGCAAAGCACUGAACUGUGCAGAUGUGAGUGAAGAGAUGUGUGCAAAUACAGCCAGCCACCCUGAUGCUGACACUUUUUGCGAACUCAUACAAUGACUGAUACGAUUUCAGGAAAGCAUGUAACCAGUUCAAAUAUACAUAAAUACAUUACAUGCAACACAAAUCUUGUGUAAUCCACCCAGAUCUGGAUUUAACUUGUGAAACUAUACUCGUCGGUCUCAAGCUUUUCUUUCUGAAUGAGGUCAUAGAUAUCAAAUGCCUUGUCAAACUUAUGUCAAAUUACAAGUGAUUUAUAUUUCAUUCGCUUAAUCAUCUGAGCUUGAUAACUUAUUGCUCUUUGACUUAUUGAACUAUGUCAUUUUUUAGACCUUUUCCAAUGGGUGUAAAUGAUAUAUCUUUGAUAUAAACUGUAAAGUCCCCGGCCAUUUUGAAGUUUAAAAUGGCUGUUACAGUUUGAGUGUACACUGCCAAGGAGGCCAGCAUUGUAUUCAGGAUACAAUAUAAAAGACCAAGACAUAAAUGUCUCAAAA